UUUUUUAAUGAAGCAAGCUAAUGAAGGCACAAUAGCAACAACUAUAAACUGUCGGCAUAUCUACGUUCAAAAAAUUCAGCCGCUAAUAUUUCCCCCCACCUUUCUUUUUCCCUCUUCCCUCUUUUUUUUUUCUUUUUCCCUCUUCUCUUUUCCUAUCCGUGUCCUCCGACCUCCCUCUCCCUCUCUCACCCGCCCUCUCUCCUCUCCUCUCUAUGCGACUCACUUUCUCUCCUCUCUUCAUUUUUCAUCUACACUACUAACUCUUUCACCUGUUCCAUUUCUCUCCCUUUUCAUAUUCAUAUAUACACAUAUAAUUCUGAUAUAUAUAAAUAUAUAUGGAUAGAAGUAACCAGAUGCGCAAGCAGAUUGCCGUAAUGAGGCAGUCUCUCUUUGAUCAGGGAUUUCUAGAUGAACAAUUUAUCAAGUUGGAGGAUCUGCAAGAUGAUGCUAAUCCUAAUUUUGUAGAGGAAGUGGCUACCGAGAUUCAUCUAGAAUCAUCUAUAACCUGGACCAAGCACUGGAAUAUCAUAGGACUGACUAAAGGUGGAUGCCUAGAUUUAUUAGGAAGAAUAUUAAGAAAAGAAACAUGAUUGAGUUUGCAGUGAUUUGGAGAAAAGAAUUAUGUUGUUGAGAUUUGUUGUAUUAUUUAUUUUGAAGUUUAUGGAUUUAUAAUAUUAUAACAAAUUUUUAUUGAAAAUUAUUUUGUCUCAUGGGGAUUUGAUGUAUUAUUUACAUUUCAAUUGUAUGAAUAAAUGUUGUAUGUAUAUGAA